UUUAUUAUUUUCUUUUAUCCAAAGUAAAAAUGAGAAAAAAUAAAAAAAAUAAAAAAGAAAAUUCCUUCUGUUCCCUUUCUCGCCAACUGUGAACUGGAGAUUCUUUCCGGUUUCGAUUGCUUUGUGUUCAAAUUUCUCCACGCUUGUACGUACGGUUCUAGGGUUUGCUCGAUUCUUCCAGUUUUCUAUUUUUUCUUUCAGUGCAGGAGUAUCUAGUAUUCUAGUGAUGCCUUAGCAUGGAGAUGGAGUCACAGAUCUCCUUGGACUCUAAGGUAAAUUCUCGCAUUGAGAAUACUUCUAUUCAGCAUGGGGAUACUGGUGUAACAUCAUUGAUCCCAGAUCAUGUUGAGCCACAGCUGCCAGCAAAAAAACCAACGCGGCAAUGGGCUGCUUGGACACGUGAAGAGGAAGAAAGUUUCUUCACUGCAUUACGACAAGUUGGCAAGAACUUUGAAAAGAUAACCCGUCGUGUCCAAAGCAAAAACAAGGAUCAGGUCAGGCAUUAUUACUAUCGUCUUGUGAGGCGAAUGAACAAAUUGCUGGGUCCAGGAUUAUGUCUAGAUGCCAAAAACUCCAAAGAUACUAAUGCUGCAAUGCUUCGAUGGUGGUCUUUAUUGGAAAAGUACAGCUGCAAAGCCUCAAAGCUUCACUUGAAGCCACGAAGAUUUAAGAUAUUUAUAGAGGCACUGGAGACCCAACUCUUAAAAGACCGAAAGAAGAAUGUAAGGAAACGGCCUUCACAGGUGGAAAAUGGUCCUGCUACAGUUACAAAUACUGUUACAAGUCAGAAUAGAGCAUCAGCACAUGAAACUAGAACUGUUAAAUUGGUUCUUGUGGACAGUCAAAACUUACAAAGGUUAGGAGCUGGAAAAGGAUCAUUAAAGCGCAAUGUUAACAUAGGUGUUAUUCGCAGCAAUAGAGGAGACUCGAGUGCAAUGAAACCUGCAAGGCAAAGGCGGAAACAAGGUAUUGUCAUGUCAGCUGCAUAUAAAAAAUGGGAAAAAGCUGCAAUUGCUGGGGUUUCCUUGGUUGCUGAUGCUGCUGAGCAUUUGGAGCGGACAGCUACUGAUAAAGAGAUUGAACAUGACCACAGUAUGGCAGAGCAUAAGAGUCCUGACCCUAUUGAAAAGGAUCUGCCCCCUUUACCGGCCUUUGCACAAAAUCAUUAUGUUGAGAGCAAUACUCAGACUAAUAUGAAACUUAAGCUCCAGUUGUUCCCAAUUGAUGAUGGCACUCGAAGAGCCUUAGAAAUGGAUAAACAUAAUCCACACUUGGAGCUAACUCUUAGUGCUCGGAAAAAGAUAUCAUCGGUAUUGGAACACCUUAAUCGGAAAUGGGGCAAUUCAAGCAUAGCAUCUGGAGAGUUGAUGCUUUUCCCUUACAGUGCUCAUAGAGAAAAUUUUGUUGGUUAUCAGAGAUGGACUCAAGACACCAUUGUCAGUGCAGCAGAUGUACACACUUCAAUUGGAAGCCCUCCAGUGUUCCGCUUGAGGUAUGGUUGGUUUUCUAACAUUGAAUUGGCGUCUGGGACACUGCAAGCACCUUCAGCAUCCAGUUACAUUCCAGGUGGAAAUACUGUUGAUGCGGAAAACGAAAAGAUAAAGAUUGUGGACUCUGUAUCCACAUCCGGACUCUCAGCCAAUGAUAAAUCUGAGAAAAAUAUAGGUCUCUGUGAGGAUCACCUAUCCACAGGAAACAAGAGUCAUGCUUCUGUACCACUGGCUACAAAUGUGCCCAAUGAUCCAAGUGGGCACAUUGCAACAGGACCCAGAAAUAACGUUGUUGGGUCCUCUGACUUAGCAAGGGUAUCAUGGCAUGAAAAGGAGACUGGUGAUAGGACAAUUAUGAAACAAUUAGAUGAUGCAGAUGACAUGAGACUGAGCAGUGGCACUGCAUUAUCCGCUGGGGAGUGGGCUGAUAGCCUUACCAACAUUAGUGUUGGGGAUCUACUUUCAGAAGUGCCUCAUGAUGUAGAUCCUAACUGCAUUGAACCUCCUGUUGCUCAAAGUGGCCAAUGUCUGCAACAAAUACCAUUUAGCUGUGAUUCGUUUGAUGCUGCUAUUGCUGCUCAUAUAUCAAGACAUGAAAAUAAGAUGAUAUUUCCUUCCACUGUGGCAUCCCUCAGUUCUUCAAUCUGGGAUGCUGAAGAAACAUGUGAUGCUUUCUCAUUUCAAAAGAAUCAUGCCCUGUACCAGGAAGUUCCUACUUCAAUUGAUGUUGUCUCUCCUGGCGCUGACAAACGGACAAACUCAAUGUUUUAUGGUGCCUUUCUUGAGGGGUUGGCUAAUGGUGAGGGGCAUGUGGAUUAUCCUACUGAAACUGACCCUAUGGAUGAAUGUUCACCUGAUCCACAUGUUGUGGACAACUCGGUUAAAGAUUUCACUGGGCUAACAGAUAUCUACUGGCCUGAAUCUUUAGGACCAUUGGAUCUGGAUAUACCCUCAUCUAAAUACCAUAGCGAAGAGUUUAUUUUAGGUGACAGCCUAAGCGGUUUGAACCGGCUGAUAGCCAGCAGCUUGGAUGCAUUUCAAAAUUGCUCCUUUUUCGGGCUGGACAAGAAAGACUCAAUGCCUGUAGUUGAAGCUCGAGAAAGUUCCUCGUUUUCAGAUUUUAAAAUUGGCAGCGGGGUAUGAAAUUUCCAAAAUUUGAUCUUUGAGGGAUUCCAUUGUAUGAAAGUUCCUCGAUCUUGGAGUAUAAUGACUAAUCAUAUUUCAAUUUCACUGACGGAAGGAGUGUGCUGAGGGGGCUCGUGCAGUCUAAGAACAUUCUGGUUGUUUGUGGAAAAAGUUCCCUGGUCAGAGUCUCCAGUAUUUGUACAAAAAUAGACGUGGAUAGUUUUAUACGUUUUCUUUCAUUAUAUUACUUUUAUUUUCAUUACGAUCCUGUAAAUGCUUCUUCAGAAUUAAUGUAACUGUGCAUCCCUUGUGGGCAAAAAGAACCUUUUUUUCUGAUC